CCGGGGUCAUUCGGGAUGCUGCGUGCGGUGCGUGGCGGCGCCCGGUUCCUGCGGGGGCCACCGGCACCGGGUUCCGCCUGGCUCCCUCCCCGGCGGCUCCUGCAGCAGGUGCCCCCGCCCGCCGCCCCGCCCGCCGUGGGGCGAUGGCUCCUGGCCUGCAGUGGUGCCGUGGCCGGUGCCGUGGUGCUGGGCGGCGUGACCAGGCUGACAGAAUCAGGCCUGUCUAUGGUUGAUUGGCACCUAGUGAAAGAGAUGAAACCUCCAAGAACGCAGCAGGAGUGGGAAGCCGAGUUCCAGAAGUACCAGCAGUUCCCAGAGUUUAAAAUCUUGAAUCACGACAUGACACUGGGGGAGUUCAAGUUCAUUUGGUACAUGGAGUAUUCGCACCGCAUGUGGGGCCGCGUCGUGGGCCUGGCCUACAUCCUGCCUGCUGCCUACUUCUGGGGGAAGGGCUGGCUCAGCCGCCCCAUGAAGGGCUGUGUUCUUGCACUCUGUGGGCUGGUCUGCUUCCAGGGGCUGCUGGGAUGGUACAUGGUGAAGAGUGGGCUGGAGGAGAAGCCAGAGUCUCACGACAUUCCUCGGGUCAGUCAGUACCGUCUGGCAGCACACUUGGGCUCUGCUCUCGUUCUGUACUCUGCCAGCCUGUGGACGGGGCUGUCUUUGCUGCUUCCACGACACCAGUUACCCGAGACCCAUCAGCUCCUUCGUCUGAGGCAAUUUGCCCAUGGCACUACAGCUCUCAUUUUUCUUACUGCUCUUUCAGGUGCCUUUGUGGCAGGGCUGGAUGCUGGCCUUGUGUACAAUUCCUUCCCCAAAAUGGGGGAGCGAUGGAUCCCAGAUGAUCUCCUCGCCUUCUCCCCUGUGCUGAGAAAUAUUUUCGAGAAUCCCACAACUGUACAGUUUGAUCACAGGAUCUUGGGCAUCACCUCAGUCACAGCUGUCACCAUGCUGUACCUUUUCUCCCGGAAGAUCCCACUCCCUCGCAGGACCAGGAUAGCUGUGACUUCCUUAUUGGCUGUGGCUUACAUGCAGGUGGGCCUGGGUAUCAGCACCCUGCUCCUCUAUGUCCCCACACCGCUGGCUGCCACGCACCAGUCGGGCUCCCUGGCACUGCUCAGCGCGGCACUCUGGCUCAUGAGCGAGCUCCGCCGGGUCCCCAAGUAACCUGCGGCCGGAGGGACAGCGCUGCCGGCGGACCCGACUUCCCGAAGGAAGAGCUGCCGGGCCCAGAAGGUCCAAAACCUCCCACCCCGGGUGCACGGGGCGUGUGCGCCCAGCCGGCAUGUGCGCAGCGAGGAAGCUGCGGGCGCCGAGCGCGAACUUUGUAACAUAAAACGGUUUGUAAGCGCGG